AUGCAUCUGACCAAGCUUGUUUUCGCUGUCCUACCGGCUCUUGCCCUCGCGGACACCAGCGCCGUCACCAGCGCCGCACCAACCUCGACCACCACUUGCACCAGCACCACGACGUUGGUCAAGACCAUUACCCUUUCUCGUGCUCACACCGUCACCUCGACCUGGGGCCACAACUCGACCACCUACAUGCCAACCGGCGGCAUGACCUCUUUCACCCCUCCUCCUGCGACUACUGCGCCGGCUCCUACUACUAAGGGACCUCAGAACGCCGCUGGCGCUCUGGACGCUACCAAAAUUGCCUUUGCUGGUGUUGCUGGUAUGCUUGUCGUUGCUCUGAUGUAA